UACCAGAGAACCAAAUUGCGCGCUCUUCCGGGUUUCUGUCUGGUCACUAAGCAACCAGUAAUAUCCUAGCUGCUCACUAAAUUGUACACCAAAACAGUAUUAGAUGUUUAGAAAUAUUUUUCAAAAUAUACCUGCCAACGUUUGUUGGUUAGCAUAAUUACGUCAGUUGAGAGGACAUAAGUUCUGACCAUAUGUUCGGGAAGCAUUCAUAUCGACUCAAACAUUGCAAACAAGUGGAUUGUGGGAAAUGCAGUUUAAACCUAAAUUAUAGUUACGCAAACGCUACUAGCCAAUCGAUAUACCCGUCAUUUGUGAAUGACUUAACAAAACACCAAUGAUAAAAAGUGGUGGCCUUCCAUUUUGCCCAAUGAGUGAAUAGGAAUUAGGUUGCGCGCGGAAGAGGAAAGUCCGUUGCAGGGGAUUGGACCACGGUUUAUCGUCUAAAUAGAAUUAGCAUUUUUGUGUCUAGUUAUCGACUAUGUCGACAUGAAACACACAACCCAAUGAAAACAGCAGUGAGUGAAGAUCAUUUGGACUGACGAUGUUGCACGUUAAAAUCAAGACGGAAAAACCAGACGCGGACACGGCUAGCGCCCGGAGCCGCCUGGACGCUGUGCUGCAGGGACUAGUGGAGAAGAGCGACAGCGAGAGGGAACAGAAUGAUGAUGAGACGGGAAAGCCAGCAGCAGAUUCCCUGAGCAAGGAUCUGUCUCCAUCUUCCACAGGAAAACGGCCGUCAUCACGGUUCCCACAACACCGGCGGAAGAAACGCAAGGAGAUGGAUGACGGGCUGUCAGAGAGCAGCCAGCACAAACAGAACGCAUACAUCAUCAAGCUGUUCGACCGCAGUGUGGACCUGGCCCAGUUCAGCAGCGCCACCCCUCUGUACCCCAUCUGCCGGGCCUGGAUGCGCAACAACCCCACCGCUAGGGAGCGUGCCACCUCUCCCAGCCCCCCUCACAGCGCGGGGGAAGACGAGGCAGCUGAUAUGCAGAACGGAAAGGGUCAGAAUUAUUACCGGCUCCCCCUGCCAACCCCCUCUCCCCUUAGCCCCUCUGGGGACCCCGUCAAUCUGCGCAUUCCGGACAAGCCAGCUGCUAGCAAGCCUUCUGAAUCUGCUCCUAUGUCAGCACCUUUGAUCUACAAUCAUAUGGAACGUUGGAAGAAAAUUAGACAGAAGUGGAAAGAGGCUUCAAAUAAGAACCAACUGAGGUACAGUGAAAGCAUUAAGAUCCUGAAGGAGAUGUAUGAACGCUAGCUCCACCUGCUAACUUCUCCAGCCCUGUAGAGGGCAGUAUAGGACAGAGGCAAAUAUGAGAAUGGAAAAAGGGGUUGCAUCCCCUAAAAUAGGAGGGUUUUUUUAUUUUAUUUUAUUUUAAAAUUUGUUUGCUUGCACCCAAGUGCUCUCCCAAGCUCCCUCCCAAACUUGGGUUUGUCAACAUGACAAACUGUUUGGAUCAUAGUGAAUCCAGGUUUAGUUAAUGACAAGAUUGGUGUAAUAAAAUACCACUGACAUUG